GGCGGUUGAUAUCUCCGGCAGUUCUGAGUAUCGCGCAGGGGAAUGGCAGAGGCGGCGGCGGGAGUUUCCCCGCGGUGCGGCGGUGCGGGUAGCCUGUCGGAGGAGCCGCCGAGCAGCCUGGAGCGCGAGGGCACCGUGCGCUGGGACGGGCGCCUCACGCACUUCGUGGCCAGCGACUUCGAGCAGCAGAUGCGGCGCAGCGCCCCGCCGGGCUCCGGCUGCCUCAUCCCCGCCGUGGACCCCGCGGCGCUGCAGGACCUGGCGGCUCUGGCCGUGCAGGCGGCGGCGCAGGUGGACGAGCUGCUGCGCAGCGUGCACGGCGCCCUGCAGGCCCUGACGGCGCUCAGCGUGGGUUGCAUCCAGACGUACCGCGACGGCGUUGAGAGCCUGGGCGAGGCGGUGGACACGAGCAUCCGCUCCAUGUACACCCUGAUGGCGCGCUGCGAGGAGCUGGACAAGGCGAUGCAGCCGGUGCCUGCCUUGGCCCGGCGCAUCCGGGACAUGAAGGGGGCGCUAGAGAAACUCGAGGGGCUCUGCAAAUAGGCCUCGCGAGGCUCGCUUGGUGCCCGGCGCUGAAACGAAGUAAGCUGGUUUCCGGACAACAGCUCCUUUCUCCUCGGCGCUGGUGGCUUCCCCGUCAAAGCCCCUCUGGCCUUUUUCUCUGUUGAUCUCAGGACAAUUGCAUAGCUUUCUCUUAACCAAGCUUUUGUUCGAAACUGCAAAAUCAAUUGUGCCACGUAAUAAAUACUUUCUUCUCCUGAGGCCCUCCCUCUUGCAACAAACUGACACAAAUCGCCUUUCCAAUACAUGCUUAAGUGGCUUUGUUGAACAGAUUUUCUUAGUGUCCCUUAUAUUGCCAUAAAAAGCCAUAGAAUGGACUCUUACCGAUUGAUCUUAUAUAUAUUUACUCAGAAGUAAGUCCUUCCUAAGUAAGGGAUUCCUAAACUUUCUGCCUGAGGCUGCAAUCCUGAAGAUGCUUACUAGGUAGAAAGUCCCAUUUUGAAUUUUCCAAAUAAAACAUGCAAAACUCUG